AUGACAACUACAGUAGUACAAUCUUCCGUACCAUUCAUUGAGAUCAUCAAUGCAUCAAAGGCAAAGAAUGCUAGAAUACCAUUGAAGCCAGACCAAGGUGAAAAGUUCACCUUUGGAAGACUCUAUGAGAAUGACAUUAGAAUACACAAGCCAGGUGUAUCAGAUUUACAUACGUCCAUCACUCAGGACAGCAAAGGAAAUGUCAUCUUGAAGAAUGAGAGCCAGACCAAUGGUACCUACUUGAACAAGGUCAAUGUUGUCAAGCCAACCAAACUGAAGGAUGGCGACAUCAUCACCAUCUCUGGAUCAGACUUCCGUUUCAACACCUCCAACUUGAGCUCAACACCAAAGACUCCAAAGCUCUCCAAGCUACCAAUGAGCGAGAGGAAGAAGAUUCCCUUGCAGUCUCUGGAGAACUUGAUGGACACAAGCUCAACGUCCUCUACUACAUCAUCCAAGGGCAGCGUGAAGCCACCCUCGACCGUUGCCAAGAUCAACGUGUCCAAGGACGCCCAGCUCAAGAAGCAACCAAUCAAGAUGCAACCCAUCGUAGACACAAGUGUCGCUGACGUCACUGCCAACGACAUUGACAAUGAGGACAGCCAGAUGAACGAUGAGAACAACGAGAAUGACAUCUCGUUGGCCGCCACCGAUGACACAUCCUUCAUCUCAUCGUCUUCUCGUGCCGCCACUUCUGUCAGCAGCACACCAAACAACACUAGCCGACUGUCGGUCGGCUCGUCCAACGCCACUGGCAACAGCUCAUACUUGAUGACGCCACAGACACCCAGCUCGGUGUCGUCGCCACCCAGCACACCCUACUCUGCCUACUCCAACAACAACAACACAUCGGUUAUGUCGGCUGCUGGCAUGUUCAACACUCCAAUGAGCGUGAACAACAACGUCGUCAAGAAGCAGGUGCAGAUCAAUGCACUGACUCCCUCGUCCAAGCCUCUGCGUGGCAUUCUCAAGACGCCACACCCCAAGAUGGCCAUCGAGAUGACACCCGACACCCCAGUGCAGAGACCAUCGCUCAACACUACAUCCAUCCCAAUGCAGUUGCUGCCCAAGGCAACGCCAGUCAAGACAUUGGCGACUCCACCAUCGACCCCCGCCACCCUUGGCAAGACACCAAUGUCCUCCAAGAAGCUGACCAUCGCAAGGUCACCAAUGAACCAGACUCUCGAGUUUGACAAGGCCGAGGCCAUCAUCAAUGAGGCCGAGUUCGAGGCCGAGCCCGAUGUCGAGGUCGAGCCAGAGGAGCAUGUCGAGGAGGAGCAGAACUUUGAGCACCUCCACGAGCAGAUGGAGGAGGAGGCCGAGGUUGAGGCCGAUGCUGAGGAGCAGGUCGCUGCUUCCAAGUCCAAGAAGAAGGCCAACAAGAAGAAGCCCGCCAAGAAGCCAUUGGUCAUCGUGCCACGUCACACUCCAGACGAGAAGAACCUCAACAAGCCCAACCUGUUUGUCCGUGGCGCUCACCUCGAGUCUCCCAUGGCCACUCCAAUCCAGAAGCAGUCAAAGACUGUUGCCGGCGAGAAGCGCACAGUCCGCCAGCAGAUCGCCCAGGAGGACACUGACCACGUCAUGUUUGACGACACCUUUGCCACUGACGCCUCAACAAUGUUCACUCCAGCUCGUCGCGCCAGCAUGCUGCAAACACCCAAGUCUGGCAAGUCUGUUGCCACCCCAACCUCUGUGUCCAGAUUAUCAUCAACCUUCCUCACUCCAUCGGUCGUUACCACCGCCACCGCCACACCCAAGUCUGCCACUCCAGUCAACUUGUUCAACUCGCUGUCCAGCAGCGUGUUUGCAACUCCAAAGAGUGCCGCCAAGUCCGACGUCAAUGAAGAGGUCGAGUUGGAGGAGCAAGACGAUGCUGAGGACGAGAUCGAGGUCGAAGUCGAGGAGAUGGGCGAGGACCAAGACCUCGAAACCGACGAGGUCGAGGAGGAUCUUGAAGAGGCUCAAGAAGACGAUGAAGCCGCCGAUCAAGAUGACCAAGUCGACGCUGAAGAGGAUGAGGCUGAGCUGGCUGUUGAAGCCGCUGACCAAGACGAUCAAGUCGAGGAAGACGAUGAGGAGCUAGCCCUCGAGGAAGAGGAGGACGUUGAGGCCGCCGAUCAAGAGGACCAAGUCGAUGAAGACGAGGCCGAGCUUGCUACCGAAGAAGACCAAGAGGACGCUGAGGCCGCCGAUCAAGAGCAGGAGUUUGCCGUCGAAGACCAAGAGGACGCCGAAGUUGCCGAUCAAGACGACCAAGUCGACGAUGAUGAGGCCGAGUUUGCCGUUGAGGAGGAUGAGGUUGCUGAAGCCGAUGACCAAGACGAGCAAGUCGACGCCGAAGAAGACGAGGCCGAGCUGGCUGUUGAGGAAGAUGAGCUGGCCGCCGAAGAAGCUGAAGCCGCUGACCAAGACGAUCAAGUCGAGGAAGAGGAGGUGGACACUGAAGCAGCCGACCAAGACCAACUCGAUGCCGAAGACGAGGACGAGAUGAUUGAUGAGGAGGACGCCGAAGUCGCCGAUCAAGAACAACUCGAGGAGGAUGCUGAAGCCGAGCUCGCCGUCGAGGAGGAGGACACUGAUGCCGUCAACCAACUGAUCGAGGAAGACGAGGAGGAUGCUGAAGUCGCCGACCAAGACGAUCAAGUUGAGGAGGAGGACGAUGAAGCCCUAACCGCCGACGAGGAACUUGUUGAGCAAGACGACGAGCAAGAUGAAGUCGAACAAGCAGAAGUCGAGCAAGACGAGGAGCUCCAGGCCGAGGAAGACGAGCUUGCCCUCGAAGAACAAGAGGACGCUGACGAGCUUGCCGAAGAUGAUGUCGACCAAGACGAUCAAGUCGAGGAGGAGGAGGAGGAGGAGGACGCCGAAGCCCUUGAAUCUGAUGAAGAACAAGAAAAGAAUGCUCUCGCCGCUGAGGCUGAUGUCGAGGAUGCCGAACAAGAGGAGGCCAUGGACGACCAGGAGGCUGAGGCCGACGAGUUGAUGCAGCAAGAUGAGGAGACUGCUCAAGAGUUCGAGGAGGAGGAUGAGCUCAUCGAGGAGGAGGAGGAGGAGGAAGUCGAAGGUGAUGAGGAUAUUGCCGAGGACUAUGAAAUGGUCGACGAGGAACAAGUCCAAUACGAUGUCCCUCAAACACCAGACAAGUUCUCCACUCCCUCCAAGUCACAAACUCCAGCCAAGGCUCAAACCCCAGCCAAGGUGCAGACUCCAGCCAAGGUGCAGACCCCAGCCAAGGCACAGACCCCAGCCAAGGUACAGACCCCAGCCAAGGUACAGACCCCAGCUAAGGCACAGACUCCAGCCAAGACCCCUGUCAAGACUCCAGUCAAGGAGCAGACUCCAACCAAGGUCCAGACUCCAGCCAAGACCCCUGUCAAGACUCAGACUCCAGUCAAGGUCCAGACCCCAGUGAUGUCAACACCUGAUAGGACUAUGACUCCUGCCAAGUCACCUGCUCCAUCUCACAAGAAGAGAAAGAAUGUGGAGGAGGAUGAGACCAUCCAAGAUCAGGUCGUCACCAAGAAGACAAAGAAGUCUAAGAAGGUGGUCGAGCCUGAGGUUGAGGAGCAGGUCGAGGAGCAAGAGGAGGUUGUCAUUGAACCACCUAAGUCCAGGAAGUCUACCACUACCAAGAAGUCCAAAAAGGUGGUCGAGCCCGAGCCAGAGCCUGAGGUCGAGGAGGAGGUCGAGGAGCCAAUCGUAGAGGUCAAGUCAAAGGCCAGAAAGUCUUUAAGAUCUAAGAAGGCUGUUGUCGAGCCAGAGCCAGAGCCUGAGGAGGAGCAAGAGACUGUACAGGAGGAGGAAGAGGAGGUUGUCGUACCAACCUCCAAGUCCAGGAAGUCAACUGCCACCAAGAAGUCCAAGAAGGUGGUCGAGCCCGAGCCAGAGCCUGAGUUGGAAGAGGAGGUUGAGGAGCCAAUCGUAGAGGUAACCAAACCAAGAAAGUCCUUAUCCAGAAGAUCAAAGAAGGCUGUUGUUGAGCCAGAGCCAGAGCCUGAGGUGGAAGAGCAAGAGACUGUUGAGGAGGAGGUUGCCGUAUCCAAGUCCAGGAAGUCCACAGCUACCAAGAAGUCAAAGAAGAUGGUCGAGCCAGAACCAGAGGUGGAAGAGGAGAGAUCGAAGCGCGAUGAAGAGGAGGAGUCCGAGGUUGUUGAGACAAAGUCAUCAAGGUCGUCCAAGAAGGCCAGAACUGUCGAGCCAGAAGUGGUGGUGCCAACCAAGUCUACCAAGACCAAGGCCAAGAGAACAGUAGAGGUCGUGGCUGAGCCCGAACCUGAAGUAGAAGUGGCAACCAAAGCCAAGGCUACUAGGUCCAAGGCUUCCAGGAAGACAGUAGAGGAGGUCGCCCCAGAGCCAGAGGUCAAGCCAACCAAGAGCUCAAAGUCAUCCAAGUCAAAGAAGAUUGUGGAAGAGGAGGAGCAGGAGGAGGUCAUCGAGAAGACCACCAAGUCGACCAAGUCUGCCAAGUCUUCAAAGUCAAAGGUAGUUGAGAUGGACGAACAGGAUGAAGUCGAGGAAGACAAGCCAAAGAAGAAGUCAUCAUCAAAGAAGACCGCCAGCAAGAGCAAGGUAGCCCAUGUCGAGGAAGUCGAGGAGGAGGAGAUGGUCGAGGAUGUGAAGCCAAGGAAAUCAAAGGCAAGCAUCAGCAGAUACGACGCCGAGAUUCUCAAGUCAGUCAGCUCGAGGACCAGAAGGGCCAAGGAGGCAGAGGAGGCCGAGGAGGAGAUUGCUUCAAAGAAGUCCACCCGCAAGACCAGGACCAAGUAG